ACAGAUCCAUCAGAGAGAAGAAGCAGCAGCAGCAGCAGCAGCAGCAAUAUCAGAGAGAGGUUGCCCAGCAAAAACGCCAUGCACUAGUGCAGCAUCUUAGGAUAAUUCCCGAGUGAAUUCCUGAGCUGCUCCUGCCUUUGCUUGCAGCCGGAGGGAGCCAUCCUUCCAUUGCCGAAGAAGCUGGGAGGAGGAUAGUGCCAUGGACCAGCUGAUGAGCCUCCUCUACCGGAACUUCUCAGAGCAGCUGAGCCUCUUGGAGGAAACGGAGAUGCCUUGCAGCGACUCCGUGGGCAACGACACCUUCCUGAUUGUGGCUUACAGCACAGUCAUUGCCGUGGGGCUGAUUGGCAACCUCUGUUUGGUUUGUGUCAUCGUCCAGCAGAAGGAGAUGAGGAACGUCACCAACAUCUUCAUUGCCAACCUCUCCUGCUCCGACCUCCUUGUGUCCAUUGUCUGCAUGCCUGUCACCGUCAUUUACACCUUGAUGGACCGCUGGAUUUUGGGGGAAGUGCUCUGCAAAGCCAGCCCCUUCUUCCAGUGUGUUUCCGUCACCGUGUCUGUCCUCUCCUUGGUCUGGAUUGCCCUGGAGAGGCACCAACUCAUCAUCAACCCGACGGGAUGGAAGCCAGCAGCCAACCAUGCUUACUUGGCGGUAGCCCUGACCUGGGUGAUUGCUUGCUUCAUUUCCCUGCCUUUCCUCUCCUUCACCAUCCUGACCGAUGAGCCCUUCCAAAACCUAAGCCUUCCCUUUGACCCCUUUGCCAACCACCUGGCCUGCAUCGAGCACUGGCCGUCGGACCACCAUCGCCUGGCCUACACCACCUUCCUCUUGCUUUUCCAGUAUUGCCUGCCUUUGCUCCUCAUCAUGGCCUGCUAUUUCCGCAUCUUCCUGCGCCUCCAGCGCCGCAAAGACAUGGUGGAGCGGACCAAAGACGGCUCCCGGGCCACCAGCCAUAGGAAGGUCAACCUCAUGUUGGCAUGCAUUGUUGUGGCUUUCGCCGCCUGCUGGUUCCCCCUCACGGUCUUCAAUGCUCUUUACGACUGGGACCAUGAGAAGAUCUCCGUGUGCUACCACAACUUCAUCUUCUCCCUCUGCCACCUGGUAGCCAUGGCCUCCACCUGCAUCAACCCCAUCAUCUACGGUUUCCUCAACAGCAACUUCCAGAAGGAGGUCAAGGCCUUGCUCUACCGCUGCAGCUGCAGCAGCGAGAAGGACAAAUACGAGAGCUUUCCUCUUUCCACCGUCAGCACCGAGAUCUCCAAGGCCUCGCUCCGCAGCGGGGCUGGCACCACGGCCCACGCCUGACUUUCGGGGUCCCAUGGGGCACCUUCCAACAUCUGACAGCCCCUUCCCUUGGCUGCACUGAGGGAGACAGGGAGUAUUUCUCACUACUCUUGGUCUGUUCCUCAUUCCUCUGGUAAUUCUGCUUCCCAUUUCAUACCAAACUUGCAUCAGGGAUCAUCUGAAAUGGCUUGGGUGCCCAACUUCAAUGUAUGAACUGAGGUGGAGAAGUGGGAGGGAAUGGCCCACAGGACUGGAGAGCCAUGUGUGGUGUGUCUGAAACCUGGUUUGGCUAUCAUUUUUUUCCCUAUUGUCCUCCAGCCCAAAUGUUUAGCCCACCUCAACCAUACAGAGCUUUGAAAGCUUCCUGGAGAAUUUGGUUCACAUUUCUCCUGUGUCCCACCAUGAAAUGAAUGAGGAUUGCAAGAUCUGUGAAAGCAACUCAGCAAUUUAGGGCUUGGUUAGUCUCCAGAGAAGAUUCAAAUGGUCCUAUUCUCAAAGCUUCUCUGGGGUUUUGGGUUUUUUAAGUCAGUGGUUUUCAGUCCCUUUGGGGGUAACUGAGAAAGCGAUCGGCACAAAUGAUGCCUCCGAGAGCAGAUGAAUCAAUACAAAAGAUACCUUGAUACAGUUUUAAACUCCUGCUGUUGGCAUUUCCUUGGUCACUUUGCUGCCCCUUUUUUUGGAUGUCUCAACUGUAUUUCUAAAUGCACCAUUGGAUUUUUAAGUUCUAGCAAUGCUAGCAGUUUGAGGACUGAAGGAAAAUUUCUCAGAGGCAGCAAAUUCUUAUUUGGAGGGACAAAGCCUCCAUUUUGCCACUUCCCUGUCAGUGCCAUGAAAUCCCAAAGGCAUCCCUCCUGGGCAUGGCAGCCUGGGCCAGCAUGGCUAGUGGUGAGACACGACGGGAUUUGUAGCCUAAAACAUGGCUUGGGCAUUAGGCUGGGAAAGAGUGGAUGUAACCAUAGUUUUUUGUGGUUUUUUUGGGCAAUGUGGCCAUGUUUAUUGCUGACAUUUCGGCAGCAAUCUUCAGGGAAUGCAUUCUCUGAAGAUGCCAGCCACAGAUGCUGGUGAAACAUCAGGAAUAAACUCUUCCAGAACACAACCAUAUAGCCCAAAAAACCCACAAAAACUAUGGAUGCCGGCCAUGAAAGCCUUCGGCUUCACAGUGAAUCAAACCAUUUUUUAAACAAUCAUUUCCCCUUCUUUGAAAUGAAAGUAAAACCAAGCAUUUCAGUGUAAUCCUAAAUGUAUGCAUUUACUAUUAAGUACACAGUGAGAGGCCAGCAUGAUAUUGGGGUUAGACUGUUGGACUAGGAGACCAAGAUGAGUAUUUAAAUCCCUGCAGAGCCAUGGAAACCCACUGAGUGAGAAGCCACACUCUCUCAGCCUCGAGGGAAGGCAAUGGCAAACCUCAUCUGAAUAUAUCUUGCCAAGAAACCUUACAAGAGGGUCGUUGUAAGUCAAAGUCAACUUGAAGGCACAUAGCGAUAAGCACAGAUAGACACAUAAGUACACAAUUGGCUGCCAUAUCUAAAUGCUGCACUGCUCUGGAAGAGAG